AUGCCUUUCGGAAUCUUGGAGUGCAAUCGCAUGGAGAUUGUGCCUGGAACGGCCAUUCUUCGAGACCAGAACGACAUUCCAGAUGAACUUGCCGCUGUUCCAGCAGAUGCCCUGAAGCAUGGCACGGGGCGCUUCUCGCACAUUGUGCUUGUACCGCAGCCAAGUGAUUCGCCAAAUGAUCCGCUGAACUGGCCCACAUGGAAGAAAGAUGUCAUCCUGUUCAUUGUCGGCAUGAAUGCGGCCAUUGUUGGAGCAUACGGGCCCAUGCUCGGCCCUGGAUUCGUGACCAUCUCUAAACAACUUGGCAUCACAGUCGAGGUCCUGGCCCAAGCCACAGCCUGGCUGAUUUUGGUACUCGGACUAUGUGUCUUCAUCUUCAAUCCGGUAGCUAAGAUCUACGGAAAGAGACCCGUCUAUAUACUAUGCAGUAUCAUACUGGUCAUUGUAAGCAUCUGGGGUGCUGUGGCCGACAAUUACAGGAGUUUCCUAGGCAGCAGAUGCUUGGGUGCUCUUGGUAUGGCGCCCUACGAAGUCCUUGUGCAAGCCACAAUCAGUGACCUGUACUUCGUCCACGAGCGUGCUACUCGCAUCGCCGCCUGGAAUCUAUUUCUUCUCUGCGGUAUAGCCGGAGCUGGUCUUGUCUCAGGCUACAUCAUCGAAGACUUAGGCUACAAAUGGACCUUCGGUUUCUGCGCCAUCUUCUUCUUUGUCUUCGGCAUUGGUGUCCUCUUCUAUGUACCCGAGACCGCAUACAUACGCCCCAAUAUCGUGGCCGACAUGGUGGAGCAAGCGCACGGUAAAGGCGCCGACGAAAAGGCCGUCCAUAUCGAAUCUCGCCAAGUCGAGCACACACCAAGCCGUUCCGUUCUCACCGGCAACGGCAGCGACCCAAAUGCUGCAACAGAGUCGAAAAUGUCCUACUGGAAAUCCCUUCGCUUCUACACCGGCCGCUAUUCCGACGCAGAAAUCUGGAAAAUCUUCACACGUCCCAUAGUCAUGUUCUGGUACCCAUGCGUACUCUGGGGAUUCCUCGUCUACGGCACAACAUUAACCUGGAUCGUCGUCUUCAGCGUCGUCAACGGCGUAAUCUUCGUCGCCCCACCCUACAACUUCUCCGUAUCGCAAACCGGCCUCAUUUCCCUCUCGCCAUUCAUUCUGUGCAUCAUCGGCGAAUCGAUCAGCGGACCUUUGAACGACUGGAUCUGUCUCCGUCUCGCAAAAGCAAACCGCGGUAUUUACGAGCCAGAAUUUCGACUCGUGCUCAUGCUCGUCGUGGUCGUAUUGGGAACAGUAGGAUUCUUCGGUUUCGGCGCAAGUGUACACUACGAAACGCACUGGUCCGGUCCCGUGCUUACCUUUGGCUUCGCUAACAUGGCCCUCGCAUUCGCCAGUACCUGCGUCUUUGGCUACGUUCUCGACUGCUACCCUCGCCUCGCAGAAGAAGCCUUCGUAGCAAUCAACACGCGAAACCUGUUGACCUUCGGACUAACAUAUUUCGUAAAUUCCUGGCUCGCAAAAUCCGGACCUUUGGUUGUCUUCAAUAUCUUGGGAGCUUGUUUCCUAGCUGUUUGUGCUUUGACUAUACCGCUUUGGGUUUUCGGGAAGAAGAUUAGGUCUUGGGUUGGACGGAACCAGUUUUUGAAUGAGUUUAUGACGGAUCAAUGA